AGAGCAGUUGCCAACGGAUUUUCAACGAAUGCGGCCACGGAAAAGAAACUUAUAUCUAUGCUAAAGUCAAAAGCAGCAGCUAAAAAGCAGAACGCAUUGUGUUUAGUGCAAAGGCAAACAAAAAAAAAAAGAACUGCAUAGCGCAACAUAUUGAAAGUUAAAAAUAUUCAAAACUAAAGUUGGAAAAUCUUUGCAGCCGUGUAUGAUGAAAAGUUGAGCAGUUUUUGCCCAUACACUGUUGAAAUUCAACGUAAUGUAAACUAAAGUGAUGUAAAUUAACAGACACAACUUAACAACAACUGACAAAACAUUCGUUAUUUAAAUUGUAAUAAAUAAAAAUCAACUGCUAACUAUAUAACAAAAUGUCGAAGAAACCACGAGGGCAUAUACACAAAAUUCGUGAAUUCGAAUUGGAAAAGAUACAACUGGUGGAUGAGUUUGAUAUAAUACAGAUCGUUGGCGAGGGCUGGUUUGGCAAAAUAUUGCUAGUGGAGCAUCGUGGAUCUCAAACUGAGAUGGUACUGAAGGCAGUUCCUAAGCCCUACGUGACUUUGCGUGACUUCUAUCGUGAGUUUCAUUAUGGCCUACAUCUGGGCGUGCAUCGGCAUAUAGUAACGACAUACGAUGUGGCCUUUGAGACAGCGGGCUUCUAUGUAUUCACACAGGAAUAUGCGCCACUGGGUGACUUGACUUCAAAUGUGACUGAAACGGGCGUGGGUGAAGUGUAUAGCAAGCGUGUGGCUAAACAGUUGGCCUCAGCCAUUGAUUAUAUGCAUUCAAAAGACAUUGUGCAUCGCGAUAUCAAAUUGGAUAAUGUGCUUAUAUAUCGUGCGGAUUUUCAACGCAUUAAGCUCUGCGAUUUUGGCGAGUCCUUUCAAGCCGGCACUGUAGUGGAAAGACGCAAUGAAUGGCUGCCCUACAGUCCACCCGAAGUAUUAGAAGUGAAGCCAGAGGGCACAUACAAAGCUGAUCCUAGUCAUGAUGUCUGGCAGUUUGGCAUUGUGUUAUUUGUUUGCUUGACUGGUUGUUUGCCCUGGCAGAAGGCAUCCUCAGAGGAUCCGCGCUAUGUGCGCUAUCUGGUCUGGCAGGGCAGCAUUAUGAUGAUGCCACUAAGACGCACGCCCAAGCUCUUUAAGCUGCUCACCUCACGCGCUCAGCGCAUGUUUAAGCGUUUCUUGGAGCCACGCAGCGCCAAUCGUCCCAAGAGUCUGGGUGACUUGACCAAAUUUUUGGAUGAUCGCUGGCUGGCCAAGACGGCGGAAAAGGAAAUGGCAGAAUAUGAAACGGAUGAGCUGUGCCCGUCCAUGUAUUCGUUUCACAGCAGUCCCGAUGAGAAGAAUCGCUUGCUCUACACAUUGGCGGACUGUGGCAUUGAAACGAAUGUGGAUCGUCAAAUGAAAAAGAAUCGCAUUAAAGACUGGAUAGAGGCGUCGGUUAUAACCGAGGAGGAUGAGGAGGAGAACGAGGAGACCAACUCCGCCUCGCCUUCAUCUUCCAUAUCACGUGAGCCCGUGCCUGGACACAUUUCGAGCAUACGCCAGCCCAAACAGCCUAUGGCCAAGCCCAAGGAGAUCAAGAGCACAUUAAAGGAUGCCACACAGAAACAUUUUGAUCCACGCACGGGCGCACUGCAGCAGGGACCCAGCGAAAUGGGCAUGGCCUUGCAUCAUCAGCAGUCUAUCAAUUUGGCCUCCAGCUCAACGCUCUACAAUGCGGACAGCAUGUUGACGCUGGGCUCCAGGCAAGAUAUGCUGGCCAGCAAUCUAACCAUUUAUAACUCCAUGGAAAUGGAGCUGAAUCGUCUAGGUAAGGCACAGUCACAGUCUCAGAGCAGCCAGCUACUAACACUUGAUGUGCCGCACAACUCCGUAUCCUAUGCUCCCGCUAAGAACUCCAUUGGCGUUGGCACACGAAACGCCACCAAGAGCAUACUGCAGCGUACCAAAUCUGAUUCGUUGUAUACCAGCAUGCCGGCCAUCGAUACCAAUGCCAACUCCAACUCCACCAACUCCUUUGCUUUUAACAACAACAACAACAAUAAUAAUAAUAACAACAGCAACAACCAGCGUAAUUUCCUACAGCCGCUGCAAAGCGGCUUUGCGCCCAAUGGUAGCAGCUACUUUACAACUGGCGAUAACAACAAUAGUCGUCCUACUACUACUAAUCCCAGCAAGACGGUGACCUUCAUGGGCUUGACUAAUGCCUUCCAAUCGCUUGCUCAACUCCCAGUGCUGUCUAAUCCGAUCGCGACGGCGCCAGUCAACUACUUUAAUCGUCCCCCACAUGAUUCUCAAGUCAAGGAUAGCGCCUAUGGUUCUGUCGAUGUCAGCGAAACAUUAUCCAGCCCUUCCAGGCAAAUGGUUUACACCGGCGCACGUGACAAGGAUACGGCCUAUGACCGAGCAGUGAUGACCAACAAUAAUAGCGGGAGGAAGCGACGCUAGCUGGUUAUAUGCACAGAUAUUCACACACUUUUUGCAAGUUCCAAUAAAAUUUAAAUAUAUAAAAUCCUUCUUAAAAAA